UUUUUUAUAGAAUUUUUUUGCAAAAAAUACACCGCUUAGCGGUUCGGAAAACAUACGCGCGGAAAACGAGAAAUAUAAGUUAACUUAAGAGGGGGAUGAACACAGCCUAUUUUAAACCUAUUACCUCCAUUCUGCAUUAUAAGACUUUCCGUAGCUGGCUAGAUUCAUUUGUGUGCUAAUGAAUCUAGAUAUAUACAAAAUACAUGAAUAAAUGUAGACAUAUCUAAAAAGUAUUAUAAUAUGGAACGGAUGGAUGGAGUAAAAAUAGAUACGGAAGUAAAUAGGACCAUACACAAUCGUCGCACAUGUUGAGUAUUAAUGUUAGCAUAUCUCUUCAUCACUAGAAAAGGUAAGUAAAUAAGGGCAUACUAGAUGAUAUUUUAUUGGACUACUAAUUGUAUCUCAUGUUACCUUCUUAGAAAAUCUCCAAGAGAAUGACUAAAUUUUGACUCUCCAAAUCUAAAUUUAGUCAUUCAUUUUAGUUUUGGCAACUUAAAUUCUAAGAGCAUCUCCAAAAGACUAUUCAUCCCCACUUUCCAAAUCCUAACGAAUGGAGGAUGACAAGGGGCCUAACCACGUGGGAGCUACGGAUAGCAAUUGUGGUGAGAAAAUGAGUUGCUAGAUUUAGCAAUUGAGGAUCUAAGUUUAGUCAUUCAAAUAACAUGGUAAGUUAAAUAGCCACUCUUUUGAAGGAUAUUUUUUUUAUGUAAAAUUACAAAAUUUAACUAUAAUGAGUGACUCUUAAGAUCGGGAAAUCUGCUCUAGCAAAGUAUUUUCGGAACCGGUAGCAAACGCCAACUACCUUCCGUGCAGCGCGCGCGCGUUAGAGUAGAAGAGGGAAAAUAAAAGUUCUCCGAACGGGGCAGCAAGAGAGCGAGCGAGCUGGGCCGGCCAUGGACGCGGCGGCGGAGCCCCUCCUGCUGUCGCAGGCGGCUUCCGCGGUGGACCACCUCGGCCGCCCGGCCUCCCGCCGCACAUCAGGCCGGUGGCCCGCCGCCCUCCUCAUCAUCGGGGUGGAGAUCUCGGAGCGGUUCGCCUUCACCGGCAUCUCCGGGAACCUCAUCACCUACCUGACCGGCCCGCUCGGGCAGUCCACGGCGUCCGCCGCCGCGGCCAUCAACGCGUGGAACGGCGUCGCGAUGCUGCUCCCGCUGCUCGGCGCCGCCGUCGCCGACUCCUGGCUCGGCCGCUACCGCACCAUCAUCUGCGCCUCCCUACUCUACAUCGUGGGACUUGGCAUGUUCACACUAUCACCAGUUCUUGUACAACAUCAACCAGCAGAUUCUAGAGAUCAUGCAGAUAGUACUGUUAAUGCAUCCUCCACUAUGGACAUUCAUGUUCAUAUGGCUUUCUUCUACUUGUCCCUGUAUAUGGUGGCAUUUGCUCAAGGUGGCCACAAACCUUGUGUCCAAGCAUUUGGGGCUGACCAAUUUGAUGAGAAUGACCCUGAAGAAUGUGCCUCAAGGAGCUCAUUCUUCAAUUGGUGGUAUUUUGGGACAUAUGGUGGCAAUGUUAUUACUGUUUCAAUCUUGAAUUAUGUUCAAGAUAACAUAAGUUGGCAGCUUGGAUUUGGAAUCCCUUGCAUUGUUAUGUCCUUUUCUCUUGCAGUUUUCUGGCUUGGGACCAAGACUUACCGCUUCUAUCCUCUAAGAAGUAACACAAACAUAUUUGGCCAGGUUGGAAAAUCACUUGUAGCAAGGAUCCGAUGGUGGUGCACAUCAUGGUGUUCAAAGUCAUCAGAUGAUCCUCACCGUGCCCGAGCAUCAUCAUCAUCCAAUGGAGACCAGGACGAUGCAGAAAAGGCAUGCUUUCCUGAUGAAGCCGUUGCGGUGCUUAGAUUGUUCCCAAUAGGGGCAACCUGUCUGAUCUAUGCAAUUGUUUUUGCCCAGUGGAUGACACUGUUCACUAAGCAAGCAAGUACACUAGAUAGAUGGAUAGGUAAACUACAGAUACCAGCUGCUGCCCUACAAAGCCUGAUCAGUGUGUCUGUCGUCGUGUCCGUUCCUAUAUACGACCGAAUCCUUGUUCCACUCACAAGAAGGUACUCAAAGAACCCUCACGGUAUCACAACAUUGCAAAGGAUUGGGAUUGGACUGGUUAUCUCAGUAAUUCUGAUGGUUGUUGCAGCCCUUGUGGAGACGAGAAGGCUCAUGAUAGCAAGAGAUUUUGGCCUAGUGGGCAAUCAUGAAGCCACAAUCCCUAUGAGCUUCUGGUGGGUGGUUCCUCAGUUCAUCCUGGUUGGUUUGGCUGACAUGUUCACAAUGGUUGGCCUGCAAGAGUUCUUCUAUGACCAAGUACCAGAUGGUUUGCGAAGUUUAGGCCUGGCUUUAUACUUGAGCAUAUUUGGGAUUGGCAGCUUCAUCAGCAGCUUCCUUGUGUAUGCAAUUGACAAGGUAACCAGUAUGACCGGAGAUAGCUGGUUCUCGGACAAUCUGAACCAAGGACAUCUUGAUUACUUCUACUGGCUCUUGGCUGUUCUCAGUGUUCUUGGGUUAGCUUCUUAUCUACGCUUUUCGCAAGUUUACGUCCACAAGAAGAAGGGCAUCUCAGUACAGUGAGGGUGUCUCAAGAGAUAUGAACAUUGCAGAAAAUGCACGGGCUGAGACAUGUCGGUCGCUGGCAUUUCACUUUCGAAGACCCACAGCCACAGGCAUAAAUAAAUGGCUUGCAAUGCAGGUUGCUUAUGCUGCUGUACAGUACAGUGCCUUCAAGCGGGAAUGACCAUACUCUGCUCGUCAGUCGGUUGCUGCUUGAAGCCUUGUAAGUUGGAACCAUUCGCAUGAACAAGGUCUGGGCUAGGUACCUCAGCAAAUAUCUUCUUCUCUGGUACUGCCGGCUCUGUUCCAAAAUAUAAACAUUUAUAGUUUAUUUAGUAUAGAUUAAUAUGUUAAAUGAUUUAUUUUUAGCCA